AGCAUUAUUUUCAAAAUGAAGCGCUCCAGAGAGAAAGAACCGUUACGCAUUACAAUUGGAUCUACGAAUCAGCAAAUGAAAUCGAUCUUAAACCGCGUGAGAACUACCAAGUACACGUGGCUAACCUUUGUCCCCAUAAACUUCUACGAACAGUUCCGUCGAGCCGUCUAUUUCUACUUUCUAGUAAUAACGAUUAUAUCGUUUUUCGUUAAUGAUACUAUAUCUCCAUUGACAUCACUGCUGCCGCUGCUGUUCGUUAUGAUAGUGACUGCGCUGAAGGAAGGUAUAGAGGAUUAUUCACGAUCGAAAAACGAUAGAAGUGUUAAUUCAGCCAAAGUAACCGUUAUACGCAAUGGAAAGGAACAGUGCAUCGAUUCGGAAUACGUACAACAAGGCGAUCUGGUGGUAGUGACUAGUAAAAGCUACGUUCCAUGCGAUUUGGUAUUGCUUUACUCGUCUUCAGCAAGGAACAUGUGCUUUGUGAACACGGCGAACUUAGACGGAGAAACUAAUCUUAAGCCAAUCUUUGCACCCACUAACUACACUUACGAUUUGGGAGACAUUGUUAGGCACUUAGUCCACAUCAUCUGUGAACACCCAACGCCUGAUCUCUACAAAUUCAAUGGACGUAUAGAAUCGCACACAAAUGGCACAGAUAAUCCUGAAGUAAUACCAUUGACAAUUGAGAAUCUCUUGUUACGUGGUGUACGCAUUCGAGGACCAGAUCGUGCGGUGGGUUGUGCCAUUUACACAGGGAUGUUCACAAAACUCCAACUUAACAGCCGCUAUACGGGCAACAAAUCCGCCUCCAGUGAGCACUACAUCAACAAAUUCAUUAUAGCUCUGAUCGCGGGAAUGGUAGUUGUUGUCCUUAUACUUUACCUAAUGGAACGCAAAAAAGUAUCAGAAGUUUAUCCGACUAUUUACUAUUUGGGACCCCCCAUUGAGUACAACGCGAUUUGGCAAAUCUUUGAGGAUUUCUUAUCAUUUUUAAUUCUAUUCAACUAUAUGGUGCCUAUUUCAAUGUAUAUGAAUAUCGAACUAUACCGAGUUUUCGGCGCUCUUUUUAUGACAUCCGACAUUCAUUUGUACGACGAGGAGACCGAUCAGCCCUGCGGAGUGAAUGCAUCCAAUUUGAAUGAAGAUCUUGGUCAGAUCAACAUAUUAUUUUCAGAUAAAACUGGAACUCUAACAAAAAAUCAAAUGAUCUUUCUCAAGUGCUAUGUCAAUGGACAUAACUACGUUUUACAAAAUAAUCAAUUGUAUUGCCCCGAUAGAGACGAGAUCUACGAACUAGGCGCAAUGGAUACCGAUGUGAAGAUCCUUUUUGAAGCGUUAGCCUUAUGUCAUACAGUGGAAGUAAUGUCCAGCUCUGACGAUAAAUCAACCGAAACUCAAUCGGAAAAGGACAGCUUAAUAACUACAGGCAUCAUUGACAGAUAUCAUUCAUCUAGCCCAGACGAGAAGGCCAUACUCGAGGGCUGCGCUAAAUUGGGUUUAAUUUUUGAGGGCACCGAUAACAACUCAAUGCGUCUCAGCCGAAUCCUUAACGGUCGAAAUUAUGGCGUUGUGCAGUACGAGCGCCUUCAUGUGCUCGAGUUUAGCUCGGAGAGAAAACGCAUGAGCAUUAUUAUCCGGGAUGAGAUGGGCGUUAUUUGGCUAUAUAGUAAAGGUGCUGAAGCGUCCAUACUACCACGCUGCAAACCAACAUCGCCUACUACGGAAACUGAAGUCCAAAUAACUCAAUAUGCCAAAGAGGGUCUUAGAACCCUUGCUGUCGCCAGGCGCCGGCUGACUGAAGAUGAAUUUGUCACAUUCGUUGCAUCAUGCAAAGAGGCUAGCAUUCAACUCACGGAUCGCAAAGAACUUCUUGCACUAUGUUACGAGACCAUUGAAGUGGAUUUCGAUCUGCUGGGCGCAACGGCUUUGGAAGACGCACUCCAGGAUGACGUUGAUAAAACGUUGCUCGCGCUGCAGGAAGCUGGCUUAAAGAUUUGGGUCCUUACAGGCGAUAAGGUGGAAACGGCAUUCUCCAUUGGAAGAGCCUGCAAGCAUAUACCGGAAACAGCCGAGGUGCACUUUCUUAUGAAUAUAACCGUAUCUGAAACAUUGCAAAAGCGGUUGAAUCAGAUAGAACUUGGCAUAACAUCAGCUGCAUCGAAACCCACGUGUCUGGUCAUCGAUGGUAUAACGGUAUCCGCCCUACUCACGCAUUUGCCGGAACAAUUCACUGAUCUGGCCCUCAAGUGCAAGGCCGUGCUCUGCUGUCGUUUGAGCCCCCUGCAGAAGAGCGAAAUAGUUAUGCAUAUAAAGAAGUCGAGCCGGCACAUUACAGCAGCCAUUGGUGAUGGCGCCAAUGAUGUGUCCAUGAUCCAGGAAGCUCACAUUGGUAUUGGCAUAUCCGGGGUGGAGGGCAAGCAGGCAGCCCGCAGCGCUGACUAUGCCAUAGCCAAGUUCUUUAUGCUGCAACGCCUGCUCCUGGUGCAUGGCCAUUACAAUAAUGAGCGAUUAGCGUUUAUGGUGCUUUUUUACUGCUACAAGAAUCUGAUAAUCACAGGUUGCAUGGCUCUGUUUCAAGUAUACGAUCUGUAUUCGGCGACAUCUGUCUAUAACGAACUGUUCUUAUGGCUAUUUGAUAUAAUUUACAUAUCCUUUAGCUUCACGUAUUUGGCCAUGUCCGAUAAGCAUUAUAGUGAGAGUACAUUGUUGAGAUUUCCAAAAUUAUAUAAAAGAAUCGCACACAACAAGCUGACCUCGUGGAAGUCAUUUCUAAUGUGGAUUUCAAUCGGCGCCCUUCAAACUCUCAUCAUUUUCUACUUUGCCUAUGCCAUUUUGUAUGACAAUAAUAUCGUGUUCAACGAAGGACAAACUGCAGAUUUCUCAACUUUUGGAACCAUGCUUAUAAUGGUACUCGUAAUUGUAGGUAAUUUGAAGGUAUUGCUAGUCUCACACUACAUGAGUUACCUUAACUUUGCAUUUAUUAUUGCAUCGAUUCUUGCAUUUAUAUUAAGCACUUACCUUUAUAAUUUAGAUAGUAGCAGUACUCUAUACCAUGUGUACAACAUGUUUUUGAGUUCGCUUCCUAUCUGGUUAUAUAUUAUUAUUUGUACGAUAGUAUGUUUGCUGCCUGACUUUUUGAUGAGAGCCAUUAACGACAUGUUCUUAGAUAGGCCCGAGUCAACAUUAGUAAAUCUUUAA